AUGGAGAAAGCUCUGACGAAAGUUGGGAGCUUUUGGAUUUCCAAGAAGGCCAAGGAAGAGAUCUCCAACAUCACUGAAGAUCUCUCCUCACUCUCAAACACUGUUGAGGAGAAGGCGAAAUGGAUGUUCAACAAGCUGAAAGGCAAGCCACAAAAACCGUUGCCUGAUCUUCUCCGAGAGUACUACCUUCCUCCGGGCCUGUUUCCUCGGAACAUAACAUGUUAUGAAUUUGAUGAAUCAAAGGGCAAGCUCAUUGUCUACUUGCCCUCUCCCUGUGAGGUGAGUUUCAAGGACUCAUCUGUUGUGAGGUACAACAUUCGCAUCAAAGGAACAUUGUCAAGGGGAAAGCUUAGUGGAAUAGAAGGAAUGAAGACAAAGGUUCUGGUUUGGGUUAAAGUCACAAGUGUUAGCGUCGAGGGCUAUAAGUCAGACAAAGUGUGGUUCACCACCGGAGUGAAGAAAUCAAGGCCCAAAGAUGCUUAUGAAAUGCCUCGAGAUGCCAUUAAAGUUGAAGACUUUUAA